UAAAUAUUCAUGAGGAGAGCCCGCUCGUCCAAUCGGAUGCGAGCGCAUUAAUGCGGCGGCUCCCGCACGUCCCCGUCACGCACCGUGAGCGCGAGCGCUGCUGCUGGAGUCGGUGUGGCACGAGCGUGGACGUUACAGAGGUGAGUCAUCAUGAAUUACCUGCGCAGGCGUCUGUCCGACAGCAGUUUUGUAGCCAAUCUGCCCAACGGCUACAUGAUGGACCUGCAGCGUCCGUCCAGCCCCAGCAGCUCUCCAGCGUCUCCGGCCACAGAGCGCCGCCCGCCGCCGGCCCCGGCCCCUGCUCCGGCCCCGGCCCCGGCCCCCGUGGGCUUCCUCAGCUCCUUCUCCAGCGUGGUGAAGACGGCUCAGAUCGCCAGCGCUGUUCAGGCCAAAGCCUCCGCCGCACACACAGACGCCGCUAAACCCAGCGUACGCAAACCUAAAGUCCUGCUGGUCAUCGACGAGCCGCACACAGACUGGGUGAAGUACUUCAGAGGACGGAAACUGAACGGAGAGUAUGAGAUCCGCGUGGAGCAGGCUUAUCUCUCGGAGAUCAAUCUGGUGUCGGAUGUGAACUCCGGCUGUACGGUGGACAUGCAGGUGAACCGCGGAGGAACUAAAGUGGUCAGAUCGUUCAGGCCUGAUUUCGGCGUUUUCAGGUGAGGGGGGGCCUGGAUUUUCGUGUCUUUGAACUACGGCUCCGUUCCCAGCCCAAACUCAACCCACUCCAUCUACAACUUCUGCAGCAAACCCUGGUUCUCUCACAUGAUCAAACUCUACCAGACUCUGGGGCCAGAGAAGUUCCCGCUCAACGAGCAAACCUUCUUCCCCAACCACACGCAGAUGCUGCCCACCGCUUCGUUCCCAGUGGUGGUGAAGAUGGGACACGCCUACGCCGGCAUGGGCAAGAUAAAGGUGGAGACAGCGAAUGAUUUCCAGGACAUCACAAGUGUGGUGGCCAUCGCUAAAACCUACGCCACGGCCGAGCCCUUCGUCCACUCCAAAUACGACAUCCGCAUCCAGAAGAUCGGCAGCAACUACAAAGCCUACAUGAGGACCUCCAUCUCAGGGAACUGGAAGGCCAACACCGGUUCAGCCAUGCUGGAGCAGAUCGCCAUGACGGACAGGUAUCGUCUGUGGGUGGACUCGGUCAAAGCUGUCCAUGGCAAAGACGGGAAGGACUACAUCAUAGAGGUGAUGGACAGCUCGAUGCCUCUGAUCGGUGAGCACGUGGAGGAGGACCGGCAGCUGAUCUGUGAUCUGGUCAUCAGUAAGAUGGCCUUCGCUCUGCUGGGAGUGACCACACCACAAACAUCCACGAAGACUCAACCUGGACCGCAGACGACUCAACCGAGACGAGCUCCAGGUGGUCCUCAUUCAGGCUCUGGUUCUCCGUCUCAGUCGGGGCAGGCGUCUCCGCAGCGCGCCCGAUCUGCCUCUACCUCACCCAGUCAGGCCUUCCAGCCCGGGCCCAUUCCCUCCAGCGGAGCCGGAUCCCAGAAACAACCCGCGCAGCUCAAUAAAUCGCAGUCGCUCACCAACACCUUCAGCGAGACGCUGCGUGGAAACCCCACAGACGACGAGGCCAAAGCAGAAACCAUCCGCAGCCUCCGCCAGUCCUUCGCCAGCCUGUUCUCCGACUAACACACACACACACACACA